AUGAGCUUCGAGCGUCCCCUCCGUGGUGGCUGCCAAUGCGGCCGCAAUCGUUACAUCAUCCAGUUUCCGCAGACCACUACACAGGCGGCGCAAGUCAUCUUCAACUCACCGCCCUCUCAAUAUAUCUCCCAUGCCUCACCAUUGGCUGCUUUCCUGCGGGUACCUUUGCCAUGGUACCAUAGCACGACGCUCUCGUUUGCUCCCGACGAAAGGACGUCGAUGAUCCAUCGCGCCUACACUUCUCCCUUUGAACAGCAUUCUAUGCGCCACUUUUGCGGUUUUUGCGGCACCCCCUUGUCUUACUGGUCCGAGGAACCUCGUAGCGAAGCUGAUUUUAUCCAGCUAUCGUUGGGCAGCCUGCAUCCAGAAGAUCUAGCAGACUUGGAAGACUUGGGUAUGUUGCCGGAUUCCGAGAGCGAGAAUGAACCUGAGACGAAGAAGCAAGAGGGAAAGGGAGAAGUAACGUAUAUCGGCCGACAGACUGUGGGAGGCCUACCUUGGCUGGACAGCUUGCUUGAGGGCAGCCGACUCGGUACUCUUCGCGCGGCCAAAGGUCGCAGCCAGAAUACGAGUGGUACAGUUCAAGUCGAAUGGGAAGUUAUGGAAUGGACCGAGGGUGAAAGCGGCUCCCCGAGCGGUUCCCCGAGAAACAGCAAGCGGAAGCUCGGUGACCGAGACGACGUAGCCCGGGCGUUAUCAUGAAGGACAUUGGGCAAUGAGCCUGCAGGGGGAUUCCGUUUCCUGCCAUGGUUCAUCUAGACGCCCAAGCACCUCCUCGGACUGUAGAAGGGCAUUAGAACGCUUGGGUUGGCGGCAAUUCUUUUCGGCGUUUCAGAAUUAUAAGAGGGUCGUUGAGGGAUAGGCAUCGUGAAGGCGUUUGGCAGGAUUGGAAAGAUUGGCAACAGUGGCUUGGAUUCGUGUUGUUGGGUCGCAUGUUUCCUCCUCGGCGAUGCACCGAACCCUUGGACCUCCGACAUACGUCUAAUAUUCAGCAUCUAUACAACGACCAAGUGUAGCAGUACGAUAGUUCAGCCCUAGAGGAUAGCUUAUCGCAAUCGUUUUCGAAGAAUUCCGGGACGUGUCUACACCUAGCAACGAAGUGUAAGGUUGUGAAAUACCCAAAACCGACGGAACACACGACGAAUGUACUCGCAACAUAAUC